AUGGCUUCUUAUCCCGAGAAGAGUAUCGACGCUCAGCAUGACGAGACCGUAAGCCCUGAGGCUCUUGCUUCAGAGGCCAAAGUCGCUGCCGAGGCUGAGCAUCAUAUGACCCUCUGGCAAGCUAUCAAGACUUAUCCCAAGGCCAUCGGCUGGUCUGUUCUUUUGUCGACGACGCUCAUCAUGGAAGGCUAUGAUCUUGCUUUACUUGGCAAUUUGUAUGCUUCUCCUGUGUUCAAUGAGAAGUUUGGCUCGUGGAAUGCUGAGAAGGAGAAAUACGCUGUUCCUCCUGCUUGGCAAUCUGGUUUGUCCAACGGUGCUCGCGCCGGUGAGAUCAUUGGUCUCAUCAUCGCGGGUUGGACAUCUGACAGGUACGGCUACAAGAUGACGACCAUCGGCUCCCUCGUCCUCAUGAUAGCCUUUGUCUUUGUUCUCUUCUUCGCUCCCAACGUCAAGAUCCUCGUGGUCGGCGAAGUCCUCUGCGGUAUCCCAUGGGGCGCGUUCCAAAGCGUUACUCCUGCAUAUGCAUCCGAAGUAGCACCGGUUGUUCUGCGACCUUACCUCACGACCUUCAUCAACAUGUGCUGGGUAAUUGGUCAGUUCUUUGCAGCUGCUGUGAACAAAGGUUCCGUUGGGCGCGGUGAUGAGUGGGCUUAUCGCAUCCCUUUUGGUGUGCAGUGGGUUUGGCCCGUGCCUAUCCUGGCAGGUGUUAUUUUUGCUCCAGAAUCACCUUGGUGGUAUGUUAGGAAGGGAAACCGAGCUGCAGCCAAGAAGUCGCUUCUGAGACUUACUUCGCCUCAACAACCCAACUUUAACGCCGACGAGACGAUUGCCAUGAUUGAGCAUACAAAUGAGAUGGAGAAGAACUUGAAGGAGGGAACUAGCUAUAGAGACUGCUUCAAGGGUGUUGAUCUUCGCCGAACUGAGAUCGUUGUUGGUAUCUGGCUUGUGCAGACUCUUGGUGGACAGAACCUUAUGGGUUACUUCUCAUACUUCCUUACACAAGCCGGCAUGGAUGCCAGCAACUCCUUCUCUCUAUCCAUGGGUCAAUAUGCUCUUGGAAUGGUUGGCACCAUGGGUUCUUGGUUUUUGAUGUCUAGAGUUGGUCGACGCACGAUUCACUUCUCGGGUCUAUGCUCUCAACUUCUCAUCCUCAUCAUCGUCGGCUCCCUCUCCUUCUCCAAAGACAACUCAUCGGUCUGGGCUAUUGGCGGCAUGCUCAUUCUCUUCACAUUCGUCUACGACUUCACCGUUGGCCCCGUCACAUACUCUCUCAUCUCCGAGCUCUCAUCCACCAGACUAAAGGCCAAGACAAUCGUCAUGGCUCGCGCCGCUUACAAUGCUAGCAACAUCUUUGUCAACGUCAUGACCAACUAUCAGCUUUCAUCGUCGGCAUGGAACUGGGGAGCUCGCACUGCCUAUUUCUGGGCUGGAACAUGUCUCCUCUCUGCUAUCUGGGUGUUCUUCAGACUUCCUGAGCCUAAGGAUCGUACUUAUGCUGAGCUGGAUGUUCUCUUUGAGAAGAAGGUCCCCGCGAGAAAGUUUGCCAAGACGCAUAUCGACCCUUACUCGCACUCCGUUUCUUCCGACAAGAAGUUGAACGAGAAGGAGUUGCAGUAG